UUUAAAGAGUUUCGUCAGACCCUUCUUCUCUACUACGAUGCUGAUCUUAUUACUGAUGAGGAUUUCAUAAUCUUAUACGAGUUGUUUUCUUCACGAAAUCCAGAUUUUGCUUAUGAUUCGUACGAUCGCUUUGACUUGGAUAACAUGAACGACGACGAAUGCAAAGCCGAAUUUAGAGUAAGGAAAAGAGAUCUUCCAACACUGGCUCAAGCUCUUAGGAUUCCACGGUCAUUUCAACUUUCUCAGAGGAGUGUUGUAGAUGGUAUGGAAGGCCUCUGUAUGCUCUUGAAGCGACUUUCAUAUCCCUGUAGAUAUGGAGACCUUAUUUACCGUUUUGGACGUCCAGUUCCCGUUUUUAGUAUGGCUACAAAUCAUGUCCUCGAUUACAUUUACAAUACUCACAAUCAUCUCAUAACACAAUGGAAUCACACACUGCUGAGCCCUCGUGCUUUAGAAGUAUACGCAGAAACUAUCCACGGAAAGGGGGCUGCAUUGGAGAACUGCUUUGGAUUUGUGGACGGAACUGUCCGACCUAUAGCUCGACCAGAUGAACACCAGCGUAUCAUGUAUAAUGGACAUAAGCGAGUACACGCUUUAAAAUUUCAGUCGCUUGCCCUACCUAAUGGACUGAUUGGUAACCUAUAGAGUGUUUUCAUAUGACGUCACGGCGGCCAUAUUGGUGUCCCAAAACAAUAAAACGGCGGCCAUAUUGGUGUCCCAAACCACUCCUGUGGGAGUUGAACUCUUUUCUUAUGCAAACGCUUUCUUUUGUUUUAAUAAAUUUGCAUAGAUGCUGGCCACGUGAGUGAAAACAGUCUAUAUGGACCAGUAGGUAAGUGAAAAUUACGUGUUUCUUUUGUCAUUUUGUUGUUAUUCCAGCAUGCGGGCUUACCUGACUCUCUCUAUAAAUUUAUAUUACAGUCGAACAUUCACUUCAUUGGCUUCCCUCCAGUUAAACAGCCCCUGCUCCAUUUCACUCUAAAAUAGACUCUUAAGCCCAGCCUCUCACUUUGUGGACUGAAUAAAAAUGAGUGGAACAGAAUAAUUUUGAUGCAACAAGAAGGGUGAAAUAGUUAAAAUAAUAAAAGAAAUUAAGUAAGGGAAAUGGAAUGUUCUCUCAUCUACCUGUACCUAUAUCAAUGUUACAAAGGUUAUGCUUUCACAUGGUAUAUUGAUCAGUCCCUUAUAAUGUCAAAAACAUUCAUAACCAAAGCCAGUGUAUUAUCAAAAGACAGGUCACUUGAAAUAGAUUGACUUGAUUGCAUGUAAACAAUAAAUAUCUAUAUGAAGGUUUUUUAAUAAGAUAUUCCCUAUUUAUUCUAGAGGGAAAGAGGCAUGAUGCCAGUAUGCUCAGAGAUUCUGGACUACUUCAAGAUCUUGAACAAUAUGCAUUUUCAACAACAGGGCAACCAAUGUGCAUAUAUGGGGACCCUGCCUACCCCCUAAGGGUUCAUCUGCAGGGCCCCUUUAGAGAUGCUUACCUCACCACUCAGAAGCAGCUUUACAACCAGUCAAUGAACUCUGUGCGAACAUCGGUUGAAUGGCUAUUUGCAGAUGUCCAAAACUACUUUAAAUUUAUAGACUUCAAGAAAAAUCUGAAAGUGGGGCUCAGUAGCGUUGGCAAAAUGUACGUUGUAUCUGCUUUACUACGAAAUGCCCUUACAUGUUUAUAUGGAAAUGAAACCUCACAGUAUUUUCAGCUAGAUCCCCCAAGCCUGCAAGAUUAUUUUGUUUGA